AUGCGCGGGUGCAGCAAAGAGGUUGUUGAAAGAACAUUGGACGAGGAGAAGCAAAACAAGGAAUGCUUUGAACGAAAAAAGCUUAUCUAUAAAACCCUCCUGAAAGACAAGAACAUUCUCGAUUGCAUCGAAAUCACGGACAAUUGCCUUCACUUCCCCUAUCUACGACUCGGAGAUCUACACGAAUACCUUCUAGAUCACAACGAGUCGAUCGAAAGCGAAGUUCGAGAAAAAUGGAUCGAAUCAGCUAUCGACGCUGUCACUGAUUCAUAG